AUGGACAAACUUUCCGGUCUCGCUUCCAAGCUUAGCGGCAACAAGAGCUCCAGCUCCAAUUCCGGCUCCAAUUCCGCUGGUGGCCAAGAGGACUACGUUGACAAGGGCCUUGAUAGCCUCGAGAGAAAGUUCGGUGGGGGCAAGGUCGACCCCGCUAAGAUGCGCUCUACCAACGAGAAGAUCACUGAUACUGGUCGUGAGCAGUUCGAGAAGGCCACUGGAAAGAAGGUCCCCGAAAAGUUCUCUAAUUAA